AUGUCGCAACCAAACGGUAUUGCCACAUUAUUGAAAGCUGAGAAAGAAGCUCAUGAAAUCGUGUCCAAGGCUAGACAUUACAGACAAGAGAAGUUGAAACAAGCCAAGACUGAUGCAGCCAAUGAAAUCAAUGCGUACAAAUUGCAAAAGGAACAAGAGCUCAAGGAUUUCGAAGCCAAGAAUGCUGGUGGUGUGAGUGGUCUAGAGAAGGACGCCGAAGCCAAGGUUCAAACUGAGUUGAAGGAGAUCCAAAAGACGGCUGCCAAGAAGGAAAAGGAUGUCGUGAAGCUGUUGAUAGACGCUGUUACCAAGCCAGUUGCCGAAAUGCACGUUAAUGCCCUCUGA